GGAGCAUGAAGUUGUACAGCCAGCAAUCGGGAUGACUGGCUCUUGGAGUCCACGGGUCAUCUCCGGACUGAAGGAGGUGGCACGUCUUUAUCGAUGUGUCCUGCUGGAUGCGUCGGUGUUGAGCCGUGACGGAAGCCUUUGGGGCCCCAGUUCAGCGGGCGCAAUCCGCUGCGCGCGGGAGCUGAUGGGCCGCGAGAAGCUGGUCGGAGUGGUCAGCGGCAGCGCAGUUCAAGCGAAGGCACUGUCAGCUGCAGUCCAAGAAGGUGGUUUGCCGGUUGGCGUGGGCACCUGGUCCUCGGGCGAGCUCAUAAGCCGGACGCUGCAAGGCAAAGCCACCUGUGAGGCGCUCUCCGAACUGCCUGAGCGACCUCGGGUCAUCGAGCUGGGCGCCUUUGUGAAGCCCCGGAAGUGGGCGGAGCUGCGGUCGCCGGCCCUGGAAGGUCUGGUAAGAGCAGGACAUGUUCGGAGAGUGGAGUCUGUGGAGAAUGCUGACUUCUGCUACUGGGAUGUGCAGGAGGGCGACAAGCUCGAUCCCUGGCUGGAGGCAGCUGUGGAGCUUUGUGCUGACCUGAAGAUACCCCUGGUGCAGCCCCAGUGGAGCCAAAGAGCUCUGGAGAAGAUGGCGCCUUUGCUGGAUCGUUCUGGCACGUUGGAAGGGGUCACUGAGAAGAUGAGAAGGCUGGGCGGCCGGGUGCUGUCCGUGGGCAAGCUGGACGACUGCUUGCAGGGCUUGGCCUGGGACUUGUCCCCACGGGAUGUGCUGCUGGUGACCUCUCGUUUGGGGGACCUGGUCGAGGCCGCCCAGCUGGGGGCAGACGCUCUGCUACUCUUUGGCCCGAGCGUGCAGGGGCAGCUGGGCGCUUGGCGGGAGGCACAGAGGCAGAGCCAGACCGAGAGGCGCAAGACCCUGUCGGUGUCUCAGCGGGUUGCUGAAGACUCCCCUGGCAUGAUGGCUGCCGCCACCAACCCCUUCCUCUCGGUCUUCCAACUGCCUAGCCUGCUGGCAGAGGCGACGUCGCGGAACCUCAAGCACAGGGAGGCCCAGCGUGCCGGAAGUGGCACCGCAAGCGGCGAGGCCAAGGCAGAGCUCAAGGACGCUCGCCGGCAGCAGGCCACCCCAGAAGAUGCGCCAGACAUGGAGAUGCUGGGGAAGUGGUGCGAGGUGGAAAAGAUACAGCCGCCCGUGGCCAUGAUGCCCUCGCUCUUGUGGGAUGACCAGCCGCCGAGCGCAAGCCAGGAGCGGCGCAGCGUUGGCAGCCUGCCGAAGGAGCCUGCGACGGCGACGGCCGGGCCAGAGUCCUUGGAGAGCUUGCUGGCACAGAUGAUCCGACAAGUAUAUGCCAAGGCAAAGGCGGCUAAGCCACCGUUCCUGGAGCCCAAGGUUCGUUUGUACUCGCCUCCCACUAUGGUGACGGCGGCCAAGGCGGAAGCGGACAGGGGUCCGCGGUACGUCAGCGGCGGCUCGUCAUCCAGCAUGUACCGGCUCCCGGAGGUGGCUCAGCUGCAUGGAGAUUCCAAGGAACCGUCGCAGGAGGACAGCGAGGUGCUGGAGACGUACUUGCGGUUUCGGGGCCGGCGCUACGACCGGCAGCGGCAAGAGGAGCUGUCCCAGCCGCGGCGGCUGAAGGCGCCACCUCCUACAGGCCGUCAGCGGAAACCUUUGGAAAGGGAGCAGGUGGAUCACUUGCUGGAGCGACUUGCGCAGCCCAAGAGGGGCGGCAAAGCAACGGACUCUGGCGAGUUGCUCGCUCUUCACUCCUCGCGGCAAGAGAUGGUGAAGCAGCGAGCUGUGCAGGCCAAAGAUGUCGAGGCGACCUUCGCGCGCCUAGCGGCGCCGAAGACAGCGCGGGGGUACGACCCUACACCCGGCGAGAAAGUCUGCCUGAUGUACCAGCAACAAACUCCCAGGGGCGUCAACUUUGAACGUCUCGCAGAUAUGGCGAAGCCCAAGAAGCGCGGAGGCGAGUUGUGGCCGGUCGGCCAGAAGGGCCGGCACGGCCUGCUCCCUGCCCUUGCGUCGCCCCGAACUCCGCCUGAAGAUGGUGACAACUUUGCACCUGCUUCGAGCGCUCCGGGUGAAGCAGUACCAGUUGAGCAAGCGGCGCCAGCUCCGCAGCAAGCAGUGAACCAGCAUGCAGUACCACUUGAGCGGACAGAGCCAGCCGAUCAACCAUCACCAGCAGCGCCAGUGGGAGCAACACUAGUUGAGCAAGCGGCGCCAGCUCCGCACAAAGCAGUGGACCAGCAUGCAGUACCACUUGAGAAGACAGCGCCAGCCGAGCAAACAGCGCCAGCAGUGCCAGUGGCAGCACCACCGGGUGGACAAGCAGUGCCGGUUGAGCAAGCGGCGCCAGCUCCGCAACAAGCAGGGAACCAGCAUGCAGUACCACUUGAGCCGACAGCGCCAGCCGAGCAACCAGCGCCAGCAGUGCCAGUGGCAGCACCACCGGGUGGACAAGCAGUGCCAGUUGAGCAGGCGGCAGCUCCGCAGCAAGCAGGGAACCAGCAUGCAGUACCACUUGAGCAAACAGCACCAGCCGAGCAACCAGCGCCAGCAGUGCCGGUGGCAGCACCACCGGGUGGACAAGUAGUGCCAGUUGAGCAAGCGGCGCCAGCUCCGCAACAAGCAGGGAACCAGCAUGCAGUACCACUUGAGCAGACAGCGCCAGCCGAGCAACCAGGGCCAGCAGUGGCAGCACCACCGGGUGGACAAGCAGUGCCGGUUGAACAAGCGGCGCCAGCUCCGCAACAAGCAGUGAACCAGAAUGCAGUACCACUUGAGCAGACAGCUCCAGCCGAGCAACCAGCGCCAGCAGUGCCAGUGGCAGCACCACCGGGUGGACAAGCAGUACCAGUUGAGCAAGCUGCGCCAGCUCCGCAGCAGGCAGUGAACCAGCAUGCAGCACCACUUGAGCCGACAGCGCCGGGUGAGCAACCAGCACCAGCAGCGCCAGCACCAGCAGUGGUAGCAGCGCCAGUGGCAGCAGCUCCAGCGCCAGCACCAGCAGUGGUAGCAGCGCCAGUGGCAGCAGCGCCAGCGGCAGCAGCGCCAGCGGCAGCAGGGGCAGCAGCGCCAGUGGCAGCAGCGCCAGCGGCAGCAGCGCCAGCGGCAGCAGCGCCAGGGGCAGCAGCGCCAGGAACAGCCCCAACACCAGCCCCUGUGGUUGAGCAUGCAGUAUCACUUGAGCAGACGCCGGCGGCCGGGCAGCAGGCGUCAGCACUACCAGAGAGGCACGUGGAGCAAGCGCUGCCAACUCAGCAAAAUCCAGCGUUGGGACAUGCAGUGCCUGUAGAACAAACAAGACCCCAGCCGGUCCAGCCGGUCCAGCCGGUCCAGCCGCCAGCGCCCAAACCAGCUUCAUCCAGGGAGGAAGUUGUUGGCGUGCAAGAAGUGCAGUCUGAGCAGCAUGCGCACAGACCAUCACCUUCCAGUGGACUGACCCAGGAUCCUCCAGACAAUCAAUGGAACGAUGCGACCGAUCCAAAGCAGUUUGCGCAAGCUCAAAGCAGUGAACGUGAGGCGAUCAGAGAGAAGGGCACCGCUGAGCCCUUGAGAGUGGGAUUCGAGCCAACUGAAGAUGACCGUGAGGAGGCCCAGUUGAUGGAGCACUUCCAGGAAGACACAUACAAGAAGGCCCUUGCCUUCAAAGCCAUGGAGUCUGAUGGUUACAUCGAUGAGGAUGAAGCUAGCCCCCUGCCAGCCGCCUCUGCGCUUAGCCAGAAUCAGGACCGGAAGAGCUUUAUGCCGCCAGCAGAUCUGCCCGGCAUGGACAGCGAGGACCAGUCGGACGAUGAUGAGGCGAUCGUCCUGCCACAUUUCGGUGCGCGUGGCCAAAACGGCUGAGGCGCGUGGAUUGGCGAUGGCAAGAGCCAAGCUCAAGGCGUAUCGUUUCACCUGUCAGGCGUUGUAAAUAGUUUGGAAUAUGAGCGAACUACUGCUUGAUUUCCUGCGCCAUGCUUCAUUUGCAUGGCUUUCUCAGAUAUUGCCAGACAGCUCAGAAAUUAACAAUUACAAUUGGUACGUAAUAAUUAUUGUCCA